AGAAACCUCUUGUUUGUCCCGCUUUCGCAACGCGCUAGGAAGCCACGCGACACGCUCUCGCGUCUUCACGUGCCCCGGUUGCGUAUUUCGUAUUCCCAAUACCGUGCUGCAACGCACUCCUAAGGCUAGCCCGGCUGCAGACUCGACGAUCGCAUCGAUUGAUCAAGUAACUGAGCGGUGUGACAUUGCGCAGUCAGCCGAACUUCCUCAAUGAGACGCAUGAGUCAAAGCAUGAGUCAAUGAAAACAAAUCGUUAUAAAACAUAGAAAAUAAGAUUUUGAGAAGAGUAACAACUACAGUCAAAAGAACGGAGCCGUCACUAAGCUAUUCAAACCACAAAAAUGAGUCCGCAAACCAAAGAAGUCCUCGAAACAGAGCGCCUUCGCCUCAUCCGCAUCUCAGACACAUCCCUUGACGGCGACCACGUAAAAUGGUUCCACACAACGUGGUCCGACCCCGUCGCAACGAGCUGGAGCCUCCACGGCAAGACCAACACCGUCGAGGAAUCGCAGGCCUGGUUCACAGAGCAUCUCGAGAAAUUCGACACGAUACUCUACAUGGUCUUCGUGCGCUUCUCCGCUGACGGCGCGGAACUCCCGUUCCCCGGCGAAGUCAUCGGCAACGUGGGUCUCCGCACACAAGCUGACGGCGCAUCGCUGCCCCCUUUUUCUCGCGCGUGUGCGGCGCCUGUGUCGGAUCAGGCGCCCACCGAUCCGUCCAAGCCACCUCUCUCCGACCUUGAGGUGGAAAAGCCACUCAAUCUCCGCUCGAUAGGAUACUCGUUCCUGCAGAAAGCGUGGGGGAAGGGCUAUGCGACGGAGGCGGCGCGGGCGGUGUUGGAGGCGUAUCGGGAGGGGACGAGGGAGGUGCGAGAGAAGGGGGAUGAGGUGUACUAUGUAGAGGCUAUAUGGGGAGAUGGGAAUCCGGCGAGUGGGAGGGUGCUGGGGAAGUUGGGCUUCAGAGAGAUUGGGUAUAGAAAGGAGGAGAAGGUGUGGUUGGCGGGGGAUUGGAGAUCAGGGUAUUAUGUUAGUGGGUGGUAUGUCUGAGGGGACGCGGUGGGAAUCGAGAGAGGUACAGUUGACGAAGGCAAGAAGAUGGAGACGGGGUACUCGUUCUACGCUUAUAGU